GAAAUCUCUUCUCAGUUCUCAUCUUAUGCCAUCCAACACGUAACUCUUUUCUUCCUCUCUUCCAAUUCCUUUCAUGUUAUUAACUCAAAACCCUCAUUUUUUUCAUCUCUCUUCUCUCUCACAUCCUCUUUCUUCUUCCUUCUCUGCCGCCCACUUAUCUCAGGUUUAUAUUCAUGACCACUUCUUUCUCUGACCUUCUCUCUUCUCCCACCGACCACAACCUAAGAGGCUCCGAAAGACCUCAAGAGUUGUCGGAUCAAACAGCUUCUGGUGUGCCAAAAUUCAAAUCCACACCUCCUCCAUCUCUCCCUAUCUCUCACCCUCAAACUCAUCCUCUUCCUCCCAUUUCUCCUUCUUACUUUAACAUCCCUCAUGGGCUAAGCCUCGCUGAGCUUCUUGACUCCCCAGUUCUCCUUCACUCUUCUAACGUUUUGCCAUCUCCAACCACUGGAUCAUAUGCUGGUCAAGGCUUCAAUUGGAAGAGCAGUUAUGGGGAAAGCCAGCACCAUGUCAAAGAAGAAGACAAAAGCUUCUCAAGUUUCUCUUUCCAAACACAGACACAGAUUCCUCUUACAUCUUCAACUGGAUUUCAAUCUUCAAACGGGUGGAGUUUCCCGGAAACUGCUAAACAAGAUGGAUUCUCUUCGAGAAUGAACAUGAGUAUGGUGAAAACUGAAGCCUCUUCAGCGAUGCAGGGAUUCAACUCAGAAAAUAAUAACCACCACAGUGCUGGUCUUCUUCAAUCAGAUUAUAACAGUUACCAGCCACAGGUUCAGACCUUAAGCAGAAGAUCAGAUGAUGGGUACAAUUGGAGGAAAUAUGGGCAAAAGCAAGUGAAAGGAAGUGAAAAUCCAAGAAGCUAUUACAAGUGCACAUACCCCAGUUGUCCAACAAAGAAAAAGGUUGAGAGAUCCUUAGAUGGACAAAUUACUGAGAUUGUUUACAAAGGUAGUCAUAAUCAUCCCAAGCCUCAGGCUAACAAGAGGAACUCAUCAUCACUUGCAAUAAACAGUGUCAACAAUGAAAUAACUCAUCACAUGGAUUCGGUUGCAACUCCUGAAAACUCGUCAAUAUCAAUGGAAGAUGACGACUUUGGUCAGAGCAAAUCAGGAGGAGAUGAGUUUGAUAACGAUGAACCUGAUGCCAAAAGAUGGAGAAUAGAAGGUGAAAAUGAGGGUAUAUCAGCUGCUGGAAGUAGAACAGUGAGAGAACCCAGAGUUGUGGUUCAGACAACCAGUGACAUCGAUAUUCUAGAUGAUGGAUACAGAUGGAGGAAAUAUGGGCAGAAAGUAGUCAAGGGAAACCCAAAUCCAAGGAGUUACUACAAGUGCACAUUCCCAGGAUGUCCAGUGAGGAAGCACGUAGAGAGAGCCUCACAUGACCUAAGAGCAGUGAUCACAACCUAUGAGGGAAAGCACAACCAUGAUGUUCCGGCAGCACGUGGCAGUGGCAGCAGCUCCAUCAGCAGAGCAGUGCCUAUAAACACCACCACCACAAACAGCACCACUAGUGCAGCAACUUCCAUAUACAUUAACAAUUCUCACCCCAAUAUGUCAGGAAGUUUUGGAUUCUCAGGGUUUGGGAAUCCAUUAAUGGGGUCUUACAUGAACCAACAAUCAGACAAUGUGUUCACUUCUAGAGCCAAGGAGGAGCCAGGAGAUGACUCGUUUCUUGACUCUUUGCUAUGUUAAAGGAUUUUUUACAAGGGGUUGGCUUAGGAUCUUACUUGACCAAUAAUCAAGAUCUUCAUUCCAUUUAUUUAAAACUUUCACAUGCAGUUGUGUAAGUAUUUUUAUUUCUCCUCUCUUAA